GAAAGUUUUCUGAUUGCUGUUUCCUUAGAAAUUUUGAAGCUUCGUAGUUUCUUCUGCAUUCUCGCAAUGCAUUGGAUUACGAGAUUCUCCGCCAUCUUCUCCGCCGCAUUAGCCAUGAUUCUCCUUUCUCCUUCUCUCCAAUCCUUUUCUCCGGCGGCAGCUAUCCGAUCAUCUCACCCCUACGCCGACGAAUUCAAACCACAACAAAACUCCGAUCACUCCUCCUUCAGAGAAUCUCCAAUGUUCCGUAACGCCGAACAAUGCAGAUCUUCCGGCGAAGAUUCCGGCGUCUGUAACCCUAAUCUCGUCCACGUAGCCAUCACUCUAGACAUCGAUUACCUCCGUGGCUCAAUCGCAGCCGUCAAUUCUAUCCUCCAACACUCAAUGUGUCCUCAAAACGUCUUCUUCCACUUCCUCGUCUCCUCCGAGAUUCAAAACCUAGAAUCUCUGAUUCGUUCAACUUUCCCCAAAUUGACGAAUCUCAAAAUUUACUAUUUUGCCCCUGAGACCGUACAGUCUUUGAUUUCUUCUUCCGUGAGACAAGCACUAGAGCAACCGUUGAAUUACGCUAGAAAUUACUUGGCGGAUCUGCUCGAGCCUUGCGUUAAGCGAGUCAUCUACUUGGAUUCGGAUCUCGUCGUCGUCGAUGAUAUCGUCAAGCUUUGGAAAACGGGUUUAGGCCAGAGAACAAUCGGAGCUCCGGAGUAUUGUCACGCCAAUUUCACUAAAUACUUCACCGGAGGUUUUUGGUCAGAUAAGAGGUUUAACGGGACGUUCAAAGGGAGAAACCCUUGUUACUUCAAUACUGGUGUAAUGGUGAUUGAUUUGAAGAAGUGGAGACGAUUUAGGUUCACGAAACGAAUUGAGAAAUGGAUGGAGAUUCAGAAGAUGGAGAGGAUUUAUGAGCUGGGUUCUCUUCCUCCGUUUCUUCUGGUAUUUGCUGGUCAUGUAGCUCCGAUUUCACAUCGGUGGAAUCAACAUGGACUUGGUGGAGAUAAUGUUAGAGGUAGCUGCCGUGAUUUGCAUUCUGGUCCUGUGAGUUUGCUUCAUUGGUCAGGUAGUGGUAAGCCAUGGUUAAGACUUGAUUCGAAGCUUCCAUGUCCUUUAGACACAUUGUGGGCACCUUAUGAUUUGUAUAAACACUCCCAUUGACACCGGUUUCUGAGUUCGACAUAUUCAUCGGUAAACUCUCUAUACAAAACUCUGUUUUGCUUAUUGUCUGCGUUUGUUCAUCAAUAGUGGUGCAACUAUAAGUUAGGAAUCUUCAUUCUUUGUGUUUGGGGGGUUGGCUUUUUUUACUCUUUUAAGCAUAUGUGAAGUUUUUA